CAGGAAGGAAGACAGAUCUCAAUUAGCCUGACACAUCCACAAUAUGCCUUGCUCUCCCUUUCGAAUCAGGAGGCCGAAGAAGUUCUGGAAACAGGAUGGAGGAGAGCCCUGUAUCUCUAACACACUAGAUCCUUCACUGUUUCAGCCGUCACUGCCUCACACCGGCCCUGCGUUCCUCAAGACUACUGAUUUAUUUGAAAUGAUUGAGAAAAUGCAGAGCAACAGAAUGGACGAGCAACGAUGCACUCUUCCUCCUCCUCUCAAAACUGAGGAAGACUACAUCCCUUACCCCAGCGUCCAUGAGGUUCUCGGCAGAAAGACUCCAUUUCCCUUGAUUCUGCUGCCCCAGUUCGGGGGUUAUUGGAUUGAAGGGACCAAUCACGAGCUGAGCAAUGGGAUCGACCUGGACCAGCUCCUGUCUCCCAACUCGCGCUUCAAACAGGAGUGCAACACCACCGCUAAGAUCUACAGGAAGCAUUUUCUGGGCAAAGAACACUUUAAUUACUAUACAGUGGACAGUGCCCUGGGCCACCUGGUGUUCUCCAUGAAAUAUGAUGUUAUCGGGGACCAAGAGCAUCUCCGUCUCAUGCUCAGAACAAAAAUGAAAACAUAUCACGACGUGAUUCCAAUAUCUUGUCUGACCGAAUUCCCCAAUAUUGUCCAGAUGGCCAAGCUCAUCUGUGAAGAGGUGAACGUGGACCGAUUUUUCCCAGUGCUUUACCCAAAGGCCUCCAGGCUCAUCAUCACUUUUGACGAACACGUCAUAAGCAACAACUUCAAGUUUGGAGUAAUUUAUCAGAAGUUUGGACAGGUGAGUCGCAUGGGAAGCCUUAUCUCUGUUAGCUUCUUCACAAACGAUUUCCUCUCAUUUAGCCGAUGCUCAGAAUCCUUGAAUAUGCUUUCUUCUACUAGGUUUCGUGGAGGAUUGGACGUGACACAUGGACAGACAGGAUCUGAAUCUGUGUACCACAAUUUCCACAACAAGGAGAUCAUGUUCCACGUGUCAACUAAGCUGCCUUUCACAGAGGGCGAUACACAGCAGCUACAAAGGAAGAGGCAUAUAGGAAAUGACAUUGUGGCCAUCAUGUUUCAAGAUGAGAACACUCCAUUUGUGCCAGACAUGAUUGCCUCCAACUUCCUGCAUGCCUACGUAGUGGUGCAAGUUGAAAAUGCCUGUUCUGACAACGUCCUGUACAAGGUUUCAGUAACAGCGAGAGAUGACGUCCCCUUCUUCGGACCACCCCUCCCCAACCCAGCCAUUUUUAAGAAAGGCCCAGAGUUUCAUGAAUUCUUGCUUACCAAGUUGAUCAAUGCUGAAUACGCUUGUUACAAAGCUGAAAAAUUUGCCAAAUUAGAGGAGCGUACCCGGUCUGCUCUGCUGGAGACGCUGUACGAGGAGCUGCACAUAAACAGUCAGGCUAUGAUGGGGCUGGGAGGAGAGGAGGACAAACUGGAGAAUGGAGGAGGAGGGGGAGGGGGCUUCUUUGAGUCUUUCAAGCGGGUGAUCCGCAGCAGGAGCCAGUCUCUGGACACCAUGGGCCACAAUAUCAGGAAGCACACAGUCUCCAAUAGUCACAGCGGCAGUUUCACCCACAACAACAACAACCACCACUCACCAGAGACCCCCAAACCCCCUGGGAUAUCAUUGCUUGUCCCAGGCAAGAGUCCCAGUAAAUAUGGACGGCGUGGCAGUGCCAUAGGAAUAGGAACCAUAGAAGAGUCUUUGAUCAUUCCUGGAAAAAGCCCAACUAGGAAAAAGUCAGGACCUUUUAGCUCUCGACGUAGCAGUGCUAUCGGCAUCGAGAACAUCCAGGAGGUCCAGGAGAAGAGAAUUGCUGCUCUGUUGUCAGAGGACAGGACAGUGCUCUGUCUCUCUCUACCCAGCGUCACUCUCAAGAAUGGGAGGCUCAUCGUGGAUCCCUCCAAGUAUAAAUGCCACCAUAGAAUGACACCUCUAUCUGAAAACUCCUCCAAUCAGAGCUCUCCUGAGGUCCUCAUCACCAAGAACAGCUCAAGCAUGUACUGCCAGGCUCCCUCCAUUCCUGAGGCUCAUGAUCUGUCCCGCUCCUCCUCUAAUGCCAGCAGCUUUGCUAGUGUGGUAGAGGAGAAUGAAACAGAGGCCACAGAGGACUAUGACACCGGCAUGGAGAGUCUGUCAUCAGCAGAUACUCCUCAUAAACGAGACUCGUUAACAUACAGCACAUGGCUGGAGGACAACAUGAGCACUGCCAGUACAACCAGCAGAGGGAGCUCUCCUGCUGGGAAAACAGAUGGUGGAAAGAACCAGGAGCAGAACCGUACAGACAUCCGCAUCAAACUUGAGCGACCGCAUGACCACAAGUCCACAUCUAACUGCUAGCCCCUCCUGAUUGACUGCCUCAUGGACGUCCAUCAACAGCAUUUCCAUUAGAAACACCUUAGAGAGAAAAGGAGAACUGGAGUUUAUGCCGUUACUUGAUGAAGAAGAGGAUGAUGACCACAGUUGGCUGCAGAAGUGACAACAUGUACAUGCCCCAGAACCACAAUCAUGUGACCAUACCUCCAUCAGGACACUCACUUCCCUUGCAGACUUGACCAGAAACAGGAAGGAGUUGGUUACAAGCAGCCAGAGACUGUGGAUUGGCCCUCUCCCCUUAUGAGUACAUCAGUAAAUGAAUGAGAACCUCCUCUGUAGCAGCAUCUACUGACACACCACUGUGCUGGUGAGUGGCUAAACUAGCAGGUUAUUUGAGGUCCUAACACUGUGCUAAAAUUCAGUUCUGUGAAGUUUGUCUCCUAAAGAACAUUUCAUCUGCUUGCACGACGAAAGCUUUUUAGCCCUGUCCCAAAUGGUGGACUCUGCAACAGGGAUAGAGCAUUCUGAAACCCUAAAAUGACAAAUGGGAGGCGCUACGGUCUCGAGGACUUCACUGCAAUUACAGUACACAUCUAAUGCGCUAUUUAGGACAGGGCCAUAGAGACCAAACCAUGUCUCAUAUUCUGAUAUUGAUGUUCUGUCGUUCAGAUUUCAGGUGUGAAAACCCUUGAUCUGAUGUUCAUUGUAGCUGUGCAAUACAUUAUUUAAGAGUAACAUCACUCCAAAA